AUGCCCCGUCAGGUUACGGAUAUCAAGAACUUUUUGGCGAUUGCCGGCCGCCCCGACGCCAAGUCGGCGCGCAUUAAGAAGACCGUGCUCGCCAAGGGCAACGUCCAGACCAAGUUCAAGCUCCGCUGCUCGCGCUACCUGUACACCCUUGUCGUUGACGACGUUGAGAAGGCCGAGAAGCUGAAGCAGUCGCUCCCCCCGAAGAUGGAGGUGAAGGAGAUUGGCUCCAAGCAACUGAAGAAGUAA